AUGGAUCUGUUUGGAGACAUAGAUGACAUUUCUUCAGAGAGCGAUGGGGACAGUGAACAAACUGUUCCAGGGCAGCCUGCUGAUGAACAUGGAGUGCCUCAGGACCAGCAGGAGGAAGAGCCGACUUCUGAGACCAGAAUAGAAGUAGAAAUCCCCAGUAUCAACUCUGAUUUAGGAAAUGAAUUGUACUUUGUUAAACUACCUAAAGUUCUCAGCAUAGAACCCAAACCUUUCGAUCCUCAGUAUUACGAAGAUGAAUUUGAAGGUGAGAAAAUGCUUGACGAGGAAGAUCGAACCAGGUUAAGAUUAAAGGUAGAAAAUACGAUAAGAUGGAGGAAACGCCGGGAUGAGGAAGGAAAUGAAAUUAAGGAAAGCAAUGCUCGGGUGGUCAAGUGGUCAGAUGGGAGCCUUUCCCUGCAUCUAGGCAGUGAAGUGUUUGAUGUCUACAAAGCCCCAAUGCAGGGCAAUCACAACCACCUGUUCGUUCGAGAAGACACUGGUCUACAGGGACAAGCUGUCUUUAAAUCCAAACUCACCUUUAGUCUACAGCGAGACGUUCCUGUCUCCCAGCAGACCUCACUCUACAGACUGUGCCACACACAGAAAGAUGACCCUGCCACUUGA